CUCUCAUGGUUGAGUAACUACUAAUGAUCCAUAGCAUGCUGAUUAUAUUGUGACAUACACCUACUUUUGUGAUUGCAGGGGAAAAUAUGAAGCUGCUAGGUAGUAUCCAAUACCGUAAGAUAAGGAUAUUCUUCUUCUUCCUAGAAAAUAGAAUAACAUGAAAUGAGUGACUUUUUAUUAAAGAAAUGUAAGCAUUUUUUUUUCAAUUAUUUCUAGUAAGAGAUUUUUAUGCCUUAAGUCAGCUUUAUUUUAUUAUUGUUAUAUCUCUAGGUCACAAUAAAACAUUUCAUCUAUUCUCAGUUGUGUCCUUUGUGACCCCAAAAUCUGUUACAUAUUGAUAUACAAUCUGUCAAAGAGUUACUAAAAUUAUGUCAAAGGCAAUUCUAUUGACACAUGAUAUAUACAAGAUUUUUUACAAGAAAGUAACUCACGAAAUAAUAGUUUCUUGUUAAUUUUUUCUACAUCAUCAUUUUUCUCCAAUGAAGCGUAGAAACAAAAAAAAAAUUCCAUCUAUCUUCAACAUAACCUUUACUCUAUACAUAUGAAUAAUAAAUAUAAAGAUCAAACUGUUGAUUUGAAAUAAAAUUUAAUCGAUACUAUCGUAUAAGAAUAGAUUAAUUAACAAUGCUAUAUAUAUGUAUACAUUAAUCUUGUUCUAAAUUAUUCACGAAACUGAAUUACAUAUUGUAUAUAUUUAUAGUGUCAUUCAAUUCAUUUACUUUUUCGUUCGUUCUUCACAUCGAGGAACGAGUAGAGAAAAAAAAACCGGUGUUUUGAUAAGAAUAAGAAGUCACACGCAAAAAAAAAGUCGUCAAAGCCAAAAAAAAAAGAAAAAGAAAAGAGAAACAAAAUGACCUUUACCAUCAAUCAGAGUUUUUUUUUUCUCAUAAAAGUCAAUCUAUGUAUUUAGAUCAGAAUUCUAAAUGGAAUAAGUUAUUUUAUCCUAUAUCUUCAUUUUUUUCUUAAGAAGUUUAUUAGAAGUCUUUCAAAAAAAAAAUAUUUAUACAUAUACAUUUUUUGUUUCUCUCUUUUCUAGAUAUGUUAUUAUUCAUUGUCAAUUAUUAUUAUAUCGAAUAAAUAUUUUUAUAUAGUUUAAUUAACAUAAUAAAUUGAUAAUGAUUAUGUUUUUUUUAGAUAAUUCUAUUUAGAAUAAAAGCGAAGAAAAAAAAAGAAAUAUGGAUAAUAAUCAACAACCAACAAAAAUGCCAAAACCAUUUGAUAGUGAUCUUGGAUUAAAUGCAUCAGCUACAGGUGGUAAUCAACAACAACAACAACAACAAUUUGUAUUACUUGAAGAUGAUCGUCUUAAACAAGAAGAAGAUUAUCGUCAAGAAUUAAUGAAGGUUCAAGAUGAAAUUGUAACAUUACGUCAAGUACUUAGUGCUAAAUUAAAACGUGAAAAUGAAUUAAAAACAUUAUUAGGUAUUGGUAUUGUUGAUGAUAUUAAACAAGAUUGGAAUGAAACAGUUAGUGAUAUAAAAUCGAGUGUGGCAUAUCAGAAAACAGCUGAAACAUUAAGUGCGGCUUCAGACAAAAUUGCACCAACAAUACAAUCAGUUAAUUCAACACUUAAAUCUGGUAUUGGUUCUCUUCGAAAUUCGGCUUAUUUCAAAACAUUCGAAAGUACACUUGGUUCAACUGUUAAUGCAGUUAAAUCAAAAAUAACACCAUCAAGAUCAGCUAUGAGUUUUGAUGAUGAUCAUGAACCACUUCAUGGUGCUAGUGGAGGACCUAUGAGUAGUAGUACAACACAUGGUGAUCAUCUUGAUUUCGGUGGCAGUAGUUCAGAUGGAAAGAAAUAA